AUGCUGUCUCUGGGAUUGAUGAACAGAAGUGCUGGAUGCACUAGAAGAGCGGUCCUUCUUAUCCGUGGUGCAGCUCAGAGGAGGCUGUUGAGCAGUUCUGUGCGCAGACUAAACACGAUGAAGUCGUCUAUGAACGCUGAGGAAGAAGCGCUACUGAACAAGCAGCGUGCUCUGAGACCUAUCUCCCCACACUUGACCAUAUACCAGCCACAGCUGACAUGGUACAUGUCCUCCGUGCACAGAAUCUCACACCUGAUCCUCGGCGGUACUUUCUACGUGCUCACUAUCCUGUUCGGGCUUGGGUACUUCGUCUCCGGCAUAAACACCGAGUCCGUCUCGCAGUGGUACCACAAGCACGUCUCGCCAAUGACCGAGCAGAUCGUCAAGGCAGGGUUCGCCUUCACUUUCGCCUUCCACUACUUCUCCACCAUCAGACACUACAUCUGGGACUUCGCAAAGGAACUGACCUUGAAAGGUGUCUACAGAACAGGCUACUCCGUGCUGGCUUUGACCGCCAUCGCAGGUACAUACAUCUGGAACAUGUAA